UUUUUUAGUUUUCGCGUGUAAGUACUCUACUUCCUUGUUUGCGAUCAGUAAGUCAUAAGAAUCUGAUGUGAGGUCUCGACGUGAGAAAACACAAAAAUGCCUCCCACACGGUACUGCAGCAGUUCCGCCGGAAUUGCGAUGCUCUGCCAGGCGUAGCACGGGUUUGUAGACGGCAAAGCAUCGUCGCGGAACAAGUCUCCUCCAGGAGAUCAUUGACUAGUUGCCGACGAGGAUGGUUCAUGGCACCUUAGUUUCAGUACAGCCUGGUUCGGCGAUCUUGGUAGAUGGUUUCGGCAGUAAGAGUGCGGACGUGAAGCAUUAUAUCUUGUCGCAUUUCCACAGCGAUCACACAGGAGGACUCGGACGCGGCUUCAAACAUGGCACCAUCUACACCACUCCUCUGACUGCGGAUCUGAUCAUCCACGUGACAGGAGUGAGACCCGAAUACGUCUGUCCUGUACCAUAUGUUAAGGCUCAACUUUCAAUGGUCAUUGGGGUUGGUCACUGAGAUCGAAGAUGCGACCCCUUGAGAGAACAGGGGAAAACGACGGGAAAGGGGAGAGCUUUGAAGGGGGUCGCUUCCGUUCCGAGUCAUGAUGACCAAGGAGUGCUGCGCUUUAAAUAUGGCGAAGUGAAGUGGAUUGGUGGAGGGCCUGGCGCUGGUCUUCAUGGUCUUCAUCAUGGUCGUGGUCAACAUGGUCAUGCUGGUGGAGGUGAAGAAGGAGAGCGUGAGGUCUUCCUCGUUUUCCUAGACGCGAAUCACUGUCCCGGAGCAGCCGUUAUGCUGAUUGGCAGUAUACGAACUGGGAAAACCGUACUGCAUUGUGGCGACUUUCGAGGAACGCCAGCAGUGGCACGAGACGUAAAGCAAUGGCUUACUAGGAAGCUGAUUGAAGACACAACGUGGACAUCAUUCCAUCCGAACAACGGCACUCUCGACGUGAUCUAUCUCGACAAUACGUAUUGUCGUCCACGAUGGGUCUUUCCCACGCAAACAGCAGUUCUUCGUCAGUUGCAGGUCUACGUUGACAAAGAAUUGAACGAGAAUGCGGACAAGAAGAUCUUGUUCUUCAUCGGCUCUUACGCGAUAGGCAAGGAAAAGGUGGCUGCGGUUGUGGCAGAGACAGUUGCGAAAUGGAGAAGGAGGAAUGCUUCUGGAAAAAUUCUUGCGCUUGCGGAUGGUGGAACAUCAGGUGUAGCUGUUGUAUCAAGAAAUGAAAGUAGGGAUAGGAAAAGUGAAAAUCUGCAGGGUCGUUCCUGUUCUCCAUCCUUGAUCGUCAAAACGAAAAGGCGUUGGCAGAUCCAGAAACUGGUACAGAAACAUUACUCCGAAUUCGACUACUUCUGUGGCUUGUGUGAAAUUGAGGAUGCAACUGCUGCUCAGGCCGUAGGCACAGGCAGAAAUGAUCUCAAAGAAAAUGGUCCAAGAAGCGUUAGAACCGAUCAGCAUGAAGAUGAUAAAAAGAAUCUUUAUCUUUAUGCGAAUGGCCAUGCGCAGAGCAACGAAGAGCUAGUACCUCAAAAGGAAGUGCAAGAACAUGCUGUUUGGAUGGUUCCUUUAGGGGAAAUAAGGCACGAUAGACUUCUCCGAAAUUUGACCAUUGGGCCACGACGGUUGAAUCGCCUCGAACUCGCAGAACGGUACGGAAAGGAAGGAUUCCUGCCUGACCAACAGACAAAGGGGAAAGGGAAGAAAAAGAACGGCGCUAAUGGUAAAAAUGGAGCUGGAGGAGACAAGAAUAAUAGUAGAGCUGUGGAUCAUGACGACGUCGAGAUGUCGUCGAAGAAGGACAAGUAUAAUAGUGUGGACGCGGAGCAGGUGGAAGCAGAUAACUCUGCAGCAGACGAAGAGGAUGCAAAGGCCAUGCAGAUCAUUAGUGGUAUGAACAAUGGUUCCUCAUUUGAUUCGAGAAAAGCCAAAAAUGGAGAUGGCAUUACUCUUAUACAACUAGAGGAUGACGACGACGAUGAAAUUAUCGAAAGCGAAAAAGAAGACGAUGAAGAUGAGGAGGUACAGGAAGAUGACGAUGAUGUUGUCGAAGAUGAAGAUGAUGGUGCUCAGGAUCAACGUCAAGAACAAAGGCAUGAUGACAAAGCUCCAGAGAGUCAAGGUCCUCUCCAACCUAUGACAGAUGAGGAGAUAGCUGCUUUGACAGAGCGAAGACGCUUCUAUGAAGGCGACAAUCGUCCGAGCAAGCGCAAGCAACAAACGAUUCUCAGACAAACAGCGAAAAAAAUGAAGAUCGCAUCACUGAAUACUCCACGACGUCGUGAUGCUUCUGCAGCUGACGGAGGAAAUCAAGGAUCAGUGAAAACUCCUGUCCUUCCCCAGCAUCCAGAUGACCAGGACCUCGAAUUCGAUCCUAUCACUGGCCUUCCUCUCUCCCCACCUGUCGAAUCAGACCGCUUCGACCUUCUCAUUGGUUUUCGACCAACUGGAUGGGCUUUUCGGGCGCAAAGUACGGAAGUCGCACCUUGGAUCUCCAACAACGGCAAGACAAAAGUUAUUCACAUGCCUUACUCCGAACACAGCAGUUUUGCUGAGCUAGUCGGAUUUGUCAAGGCUCUACGGCCUAGAGAGGUGAUUCCCACAGUGCCGGAAGGCGGUAACGGAAGAAUCCCUGAUAUUCAGAAGUAUUUUCUAGACUGUACGGACGGUUCGCUGGACGAGAGAAGAAUCGAAUUUUACAUGAGGAAACUGGCACAGACUGCAACUUCGAAUCAUCAAGGCUCCUCGGGUUCGACAUCAACAACUACAACCGAGAAGAAAGACGUCACCAAAGACGCAAUUAUGCUCCUUUCACCUCCUGCUCCUGCGAGAUCGCCUUCCACUCGUCAGAGACCUGCUCGUAGACGCAUCCUAGACGAGGUAGAGCGAGACGCUGAGGCCACAUGGGAAGACUUCUCUCCGGGUCUGCUGAAAGGCUAUCAAAGAAAUGCUGGAAACAAUAAAGCAAAGAUCAAAAUUGGUGCUCCUCUUUCAGUUGCGGAUGAGGACAAGGACAAGAGAAGGAAACCUAACAACAGCAGCAACAGUGCUGAUCAAAACCAAGAGAACUCAGACGAUGACGUCCAAGAGAUUGCCGCAAUACCUGCGGCUUUACUAGCCAACGCAGCUGAGGAAGAAAGUGAAUUAGCCGAACUGAGAUCAAACCCGUUCGCUGGCAUUAUGCGUGAGCACAACUCAGGGAUGCGCGGUAGUCGUGGUCGUUCUGGUGCUCCCAAGAAAAAGACUAGAAAUACAUCAGCGACACACGCGACAUCAGCAAGGGUGACAUCAGGUGAUCAUGGAGGACUGUUGACGACGACACUAUCCACCACUAGUAGUUCCUCCGCCAGUCAACAGGAACAGAGUUUUUAUCAAGGUCCUCGUCUUCCUCCUGCAGCUACUACGAACAAAACAGCUGUAAAACCGCUAAAAGCGCCACUGAAUCUGCAGCAGACUUCAUUGUUCUCCUUUAUGCCUAGAGGGCAAUCGCAAACGCAAUCCUCUUCACCCCCAACCACGCUGACUGCUAUGAAGGAAACGAAAAGCAACUAUAAAAAUUCCGAAGACUACGUGCUAGCAGGUGGUACUGCAUCGGCUACAUCGUCUUCCUCCUCAUCCUCCGGAGACAAGAAUUGUCAUGGCAAACCAGCACCCGCCCAGCAGCCCAAUAGGACAGUGAAGCAGGUUUUUGAGGAUGGGUCUGUCUUGUACAAGGAGUAUGACUCCAGAGGACGUGCUACUUUCGUAGUCGACAAUGCUCAGAGAAAAAUAUGGGACCCAGAGGCUAUAUCAGAGAGUCUGUUUCCGGAGGCUGCGAAAGAAGUGGACAAAGAGGAGAACGAUGAAGAAGAUGUAGAAUUGGAACAAGAACGGAAUAAACGGGGGAAACAACCUAGUACUAUAGCUGCACAACCUAAAGCUAAAAUUACAGCUACUUCUACACAAAAAGUUGUUGUGCCUGAAGUGAUCGAGCUUACUUCUUCAGAUAGUGAAGGUGGUGACAUUCAAGGAAGUGGGAAGAAGUCGUGAUUUAUAAUGUGUUUGCAUUUGAAGAUACGCAGCAGAUUGAUGUAAAAGUCUUUCUUACAGCUUCAGAUCCUGAUCCCUGGUGUAUUCCAUUUGAU